AUGUCCUCUUGGGAUCGAGUUGCUUCCCUAGUGAAGCGCAUUAAAUUCCCUACCGACGCGCCUUAUGAUGAUGCGAUACUCGCUGAACGCCAACGAGAUUCAUGGACCGAAGCUGGAAAGUAUGGGAGAGGCUGGAUAUAUUUCUCGCUGGUGCUGCUAGCUAUGACAACCGCAAUUCGAUUUUACCAUACAUGGAGCGACCGAAUUAGAAUCGCUGUACACAAGGAGAAACCGCAGGCAGGUUUUCAGUCGCCUCAGGAUGAAUAUGAGCUUCCAAGCGCUGCCACCGAUAGCUCGACUACACUUUUUUUCCCGCCUCCAGAUACUGUCCAUAAUAAGAAGCGGCAGGCGUCGCCUACUUCAACCAUUUCCCCGCUCAAUAAAGUCAUCGCACUCGCGCGCUGGGUUUUUUAUCGAUCGCUUCCAGAGAUUCGAGUAGGGAGAUACCGAAUUAUUUUCCCAUCGCUGGGUGCUUCGGUGAUCAUCCUUGCGGCAUUAAUCUUUAUUACACUAUAUACCUUCAUUCCGCAGCCGUUCUACUACUCGACUAUCAGGGUUGGAUCUCCGCCCCUGGCUAUCCGCGCGGGAAUGCUAGCAGUCGCAAUGGUUCCGUGGAUUGUGGCCAUGAGCACAAGGGUGAAUUUUAUCAGUAUGCUGACUGGCGUCGGCCAUGAGAGAUUGAAUGUCCUUCAUCGCUGGGCUGGCUAUAUUUGCCUAUUCCUGAGCCUGAUCCACACGAUUCCUUUUUACAUCACUCCCGUCUGGGAAGAUGGGCUUGCUUUGUCAGUAUAUCAAAUGUACCUCCAACCACGGAACAUAUACGUAUAUGGAACUGGUGUGGCGGCACUCGUGCCCCUUGCAUUUCUGUGUGUUCACUCACUGCCAAUUGUGAGGGACUGGAUGUAUGAGCUGUUUUUGAAAGUUCACCUCCCUGUGUCCAUCAUCUUCGUCGCCAUGCUUUUCUGGCACACGAAAAACUUUCUAUCCUCGUGGGCUUACUUGUGGUCUACACUUGUAAUCUUCCUUCUUUCAUACGUUUUGAGAUUGUUUUACCUCAACUGGACCAAUCCUCUGCGAUUAUCCUUCAUGAUUGGAGAAGAUUCCGCGGUCACUAUUUUACCACAGAACGCCAUUAAAGUUACGGUUCCCACCCAGGUGAGGUGGAGUCCUGGACAGUACGUGUACCUACGUAUGCCUGGAGUUGCGUUCUUCCAGAAUCAUCCUUUCACCAUCGCCUCUCUUUGCAGCGGCGAUUUGCCGUCCGCAUAUGGCGAGGAAUAUCGCGACCUGGCUCUUGUAUUUAGACCUUUUCGUGGUUUCACGCGGAGUGUGUUGCGCAAAAGUGCCGAACAUGGUCCGUUCAAGACAUGGACUGCCUUCCUUGAAGGGCCUUAUGGAGGUAUGCGGCGACAGAUGGCAGCUUUCGACGACGUGAUCUUCUUCGCCGGCGGCAGUGGCAUCACAGCAAUUGCAAGCCACCUGCUCGAUCUGAUUAAGAAGAUGCGUGAGGGUAAGGCUGUCACGAGAUCAGUUCGAGUUAUCUGGGCCUUGAGAGAUCCAGAGUCCAUUGACUGGUUCAAAGAAGAGCUGCGUAUCUGCAGGGACCAUGCACCUUUCAAUACAGUGCAUUGUUACUUCUUCCUGACAGGGGCCAAGGAUGACCAUGGAAACCCAUUUCAGGUACAAGACCAACAACUCUACCGCGACAUGGUGCAGGAGAAAAUCUACGAUACGCUACAGGAUAUCGAGAAGCGCAGUUCAGCAUACAUCCGCGAGGAAGCUGCCGGAGACGAGGAGCGAGAGAAAGAAUUGCGCCGAGAAAAUGAAGACACUCUCACUGCCCUCCCACGCGCCUAUACCGCAAACUUGCCGCGGUCUCCAAGCUACCAACCCCCUAUGCAGAACACCGGUUUUUCGCCAUACCAAUCUCCGCACCAAACUCCUUACCAAACACCAUAUCAGUCUCCCUAUCAGUCCCAGCAACCCCAGUUCCAACAGUACAUACACCAGCCCCAGCAGUUCGCCUCCGUAUCCCCUGAAACCCCUACGAACAUCCCCUUCGACUUCGGCUUCGGUCAGAAUCCAACCCAGUUCCAGCAGCAGAUGCCAACAAAAGAGCAACCGCAACUCACAAUUCAAACCAUCCCACCCGCCCCCGCUCGACCCAACCCACGUUUCGCAUCUCUACCUCUGCAAAAACGCAACGGAUGGAAAAUCGAGUACAUGCGCCCAGACGUUCCUAAGAUGCUCAACGAUUUCUCCAAGACAUUUGGCCGUCGGACUUGUGUCUAUGUCUGCGGUCCUCCGAGUUUGCGAAUGGAUGUUUCGGAUGCGGUUGCCAGAUUGCAGUCUUUGGUCCUCACGGAUUCUUCCAAGGACGAGAUAUUCCUGCACGCCGAGAACUAUAAUAUCUGA